CUUCACAACGCCUUCCCUCGUGAAUCAGCUGAGCUAAAGCGCCAGGACUGGUUCGACUGUUGCUUUUGCUGGGCCCGCAUGUGUUGCUUCUGAAUUUUGUGUGCGCCGGUGCGCCUGCAGAGCUUGUGCGUCACACGGCCGAGUCGUCAAUACCACUGCGGUUGCUGCAUCACUUGUGAGCGACUGUGAACAUACUUGAGAAGUCGUCGACGUGUGAAGAGAGGCAUCGCGAUGGGGAAAAUCUUGCAAACAGGGGCCUGCAUUAACCUCAUGAAGCUUUUGCUCAUGACAUUCAAUAUAAUAUUUGGCGUGACGGGACUGGUGCUGCUCAUUCUCGGAGUAUGGAUGAAUGUAUCGCUGUACCACGUGCUGAAACUCUCGACCGACUACAACCGGCACAUGCCAUUGCUCUUCAUUGCCACUGGCCUGCUUGUACUUCUAGUUGCCGUACUUGCCUGUGUGGCCACAGCCAAGGGCCAGUCUGUUCUCCUGUACAUUUUCGGCUCUCUGCUGGUGCUGGUCUUUGUGGCAGAGCUCACAGCUGGCAUAGUGGGAUAUGUGUACAUCCGGCAGGUGCGCGAGGGCAUUGGCCGUGGCAUGAACGUCUCCAUAACCCACUACAGUGGCAACGGUGGCAUGGCCGACGAGACAGUGGAUUUCGUGCAGGACAAGUUGUCAUGCUGUGGCCUGAAGAGUCCGGAAGACUGGAACGACACUGAGUUCUUCCAGAAGAGCCAGCAUUACCCCAAGAGCUGCUGCUCUAGCCGUGACACCUGCACCGCAGGGGAUGCUACCCUGCACCAAGAGGGCUGCUAUGUGAAGGUCAUUCGUUUCCUGGACACAAAUCUGAGUGCCAUUGCGGGAGGUGCUGUCGGCUUUGCAUUCUUUCAGCUUGUUGGUGUGUUGCUGUCCUUCUGCUUGGCCUCAAAUAUCAACAAAGCCAAAUACGAGCGUGUCUAAGUGCCACACCAGGUGGAGGGCACACUUGCUGGUCGAACAUCACAACAGCAGGCUUACACUAGUUUCUUGCACUGGCACCGAGCGACCAGCAUUGUUCCACCAGGCACAACUUCACGUCUCCCGGCAGAAUCUACAGAAACCGCUCGUGGUGGGUAAGGGGCUCGUGCAGCUUUCGAGGCACACACCGAGCACCGGCCAACUUGUUGGUGGCCGCACAACACACUUCAGUCACACCAUAUGCGGUCACGCCUGAGGGCUCAUUCACCUGGAUACUGAGGAAGAUUUGAACGACCAACAAAGAUUGGCAACAAAGGAACGAUUGGUGACAGCCUGAUUGUCACUCCAUACAUGUCCUUCACCUUGCUUUCAUUGCCACUGCAAUGUAAACUCGGUAUUGGUGCAUUCCAACAUCCUGCUCGUCUACUAUUAAUGCGUCAUUAGGUUUGCUACUGGAGUUCUGUGAUGGCAAACAUCCAGUGGCGACUAAGUCAAAACAAUUGCUUUGGUCAUUUGUGACCAGCAUGAUGUGACACAGCUUCCACCAGUGUGAAUGAGCCCUGACCCUUGCCCGCUUUUGCGGUACUUCAGCUCUCAAUUUAUUUGUGUGAAACUACUUUGGCGCCCCUUUUGGCAGCCUUGAAAUGGUCGCAUGAAAGAAGCAGUUGCCUGCGGCUUGAGUGGCACAGGCUUUGGAUUGGCGAGAUGAGUACUGGCCAAGGCAGUCAUUGUACUGAUGCCUCUGCUCUGCCCUGAGCUCAUUAUACGUACGAUUGUGGCAGAUAUUAGAAUUUAUGGGCAAUGAAAAUUGGAACAUACAUGCUUGCCGCCAGGUUCUGGUCUGUGCAACUGUGAGCAGUAUAUGAGUCACUUAUAAUACAACAACAACGAAAAGACUGCUUACUUCCUUUUUGAUGUCUAUUGUUUCUAAACAAUAAUUAUUUGUGAUGUAUGCACUUUCUUCUGUAAAAACACUCAAGAGUGGGGUGUAACACUACUAGUAAAUGUGAAUGCCAUUUAUAAUUUUGACUGUAAGAUUGCAGCAUACAUCAUUGAAGAAAAGAAAAGCAGUCAGUAUCAAUGAUGGUUAUUGAUUAGGGACAAGGCUAGUCCCAAAGAGUGCAAACUGUUUUUCAAAUAUGAAUGAUGGUUAUUGAUUAAAGACAAGGCUAGCCCAAAGAGUGCAAACUGUUUUUCAAAAAGCUAUUACUUGCAACAUACAAAUUUGAAUACUACGUCUUAACGUAAAUCAUUGAAGAAAGGAAAGGCAGUCAGUAUGAAUGAUGUUUAUUGAUUAGGGACAAAGCUAGUCCCAAAGAGUGCAAACUGAUUUUCAAAAAGCUAUUACUUGCAACAUACAAAUUUGCAUACGACGUUUUAACAUACAUCAUUAAAGAAAGGAAAAGCAGUCAGUAUGAAUGAUGGUUAUUGAUUAGGGACAAGGCUAGUCCCAAAGAGUGCAAACCGUUUUUCAAAUAGCUAUUACUUGCGACAUACAAAUUUGAAUAUGACGUCUUAACUUGCAGUGGUAGCUUUUCCACUGAUUCUGCACUCCUAUUAGGUGCUUCAAGCCUGGGAAUCGCAAAUAUUUUGGAUCCAAUUCUGGUGCUGCCUUUCGUAUCGCUUCAGGGUGAACAUCCUACAUAAUGUCAAUGCAGACAAUGUGAUUACAUACCUGGCUACAUGCUCAAGCUGCAAAGGUGUUCAACCCUUCUUACAAAUUUCUCAUUCGAAAGUGUUUUUGCAAACACGUGAACAGCUCGUUUUUCAGGGACGCAGAGUGUAAGGGCUUCAGCUCGCGACUCUUUCACAAUUUCGUCACUGCGGUACCGAAAGCUACGGCCACUUUUAAAAAGUGUCGGCAUCUGCUGCCUUCGUGUGGCCAUUUCCCGUCUUAAAAUCUCGAGCGUUGGUGUUCGUUUUACUUACAUACUUCUUACGCUUAAAGAGAUCUUACUUUUUGUUGCAUUGUAUAUCCGUCUCGAUGGUCAGAAGUCUCUCGCUUUUUUUUUCUGUGAGUACAAUUUAUCGACUCUUUAGGGUUCCUGGGGGCACGUUAUACCGCUGCUUAGCAUUUCCUCUGGAGCUAAGCCUCUUGGUCUCAAUUUGCUGCAUUCUGCUUGAACUGCAUUUAAGCAUGCUAGCACCGGGUGCUGCACACAAGUCACUCCAGCUGGUCAUAACGUUGUGCAAUGGAAGAGCACGCGAUUCUUGUGCUCGGCAUCUCCUUCACUGCUUCACUGUGCCUGGGAGCUGUGCAGGAGCCGUGCUUCUUACAUUUUCCCGGUGUUUGUGCCUCAAUACUUAGUCUGUCUCUGUUGUAGCUUGAUAAUUUGAGAUUGCAAAUGUUUUUGUUUUAUUUUUAUGUGGUUUUACAUAGUGUAUCAAUGUCCUUUUUAGUACACUGUUUUUUUUCUCCAUACACAUUAAGCACUUCAGCUCUUGGCACUUCAUGGUUUUCUCAAAGGAAGCAAAAAAAAAAAAAAGCUUGUGUGCUGUAGACAUGGCAGUCAUUUAUACGGAGGUAGUGUAAAACCCUGCAUAUUAUACAAUCUUGAACAUCAGUGCGAGAGACAAUACGAGGGCAGUAAAGACGGAAAGAGAGAGAAUCUUGUCUGCUUGCAGUGUCAAAGCCAGUUGCCUCCUGGAAAUGUUUUUUUCAUUCUUGUUCUUUUUUUUGGCAGUUCUGGUGUCCUCUGAUAAUACUCUGGCACUUCUCAUUUGAAGAGAUACUUUCUUUUACUGCUUAGAAUGUUGUAAAAGGCUUAACAAUUGUUCUUAUGUACAGAUGCAUUUACCAGUAACCUUUAAAAGAGGAAAUAUUAAGUGCAGGUUUUUAUGGGGGUUGAUCAUGUCUUAAUUCGUCGGAAAAAAAAAAAAAAAAACAGGGCGGGGCUUCUACUUUCCUGCAAGAGCGGGGCCAUCGGCAUUAUGCUGUCACCGGUUUAUCAGCUACAUGUUCUAGACAUCUUUUUUGAUUCCAGCUUGGUAAAUGUGUGUGUCUUGCCUCUCUUGAAAUAAAAUGCUGUAACGGCA